CAAGCAAGCUGAGGCUGCUGAGCAAGCUCAGGACAAGCUAGCGCAAUAGCAGCGCUGCGCCCAACACAAAUGCUGCUCGCCCGCCUCGGCCGCUCGCUGCGCGGCGCGGCGCCGUGCCGCUGGGCGCGGACGCAAUUUAGCAUCAGUCUGGAGGAGUUCCCCGCGGAGCUCGCCGUCGCGCGAUUAAACAGGAAAGUACAAAAAGCGGGCCUGAUGAUGAAGUGGCGGCGGCGGCAACGCGGUUUUAUCAAGCCGUCGCGCGUCAAGUACGACGCGCGCCUCAAGCGCCAGUACAAGCUGAGCUACCGACGCGUCCAGGACGUGCUGACCUGGAUCGAGAUGGAGCGCAUGCUUUCGGCCUCGCAGCGGAAGCAGCGGCGGCGCGCGUCGAAGGGGGCGGGGCCCGCGGUCCAGGGCGGCGGCGGUGGGCCGCCGUAAGUUUAUUGUGUGGUUUCU